AUGAGUAAAGCUAUAAAGGAAUAUAUGCCAUUAGGCAAAAUUAAAUAUCUAUUAUUCUCUUUAGUAGCAACUUGGGUCAAAGAAGCUUGGAAUGAUAUUGACCCUGCAAUAAUUCAAUGGUUUUUUAAGUGCUGUAGUAUUUCUACAGAGAUAGAUGGCUUUGAAGAUAGAUCAAUUUUUGAUUUUGAGAAAGCAUUAGAUAAAAAGAGAGAAAUUAGUAUUGAAAAAGAUAGAAAUCGUGAUGAUGUAAGUAAUGAAAAUGAUCAAAAUAAUAAAAAUAAUCAAAAUAAUAAAAGUGAUCAAAAUAAUAAAAGUGAUCAAAAAAUUGAAAGUAAUCAAGAUAAUGAAAAUAGUCAAGAAUGUGAAUUUUGUAAAUAUUAUAAAAAUAAGAAGAAAAUUUAUAUUAAUGUUUGUGAUUAG